CUUUCAUUCCAUCAAUACCAAAGUUUGAUUUCAUUGCAUACAAUGUCGUUUCAUAUGAAUGAUUUCCUUCUGAUUCUCUCUUCCUUGCGCCCAUUUACAUCAUCGAGUGACAUCACCCGCAUGCCGACGCGUGAUGACCUCAGGUACAUAACCCAACAUUUUGGAAAGGAGAGAGAGGUCCGAGAACAAAGUAACCCAACCCCUAAUCAUGUCAUCAUUCCGACUUCAGCGAAAUUGGCUUCGGGACCCUGCAUCCAAGGAAAUGCCACGUGGAAUUCGGUGCGGCAGGUGGGAGAGUCGGCCGCAAGGCAUUGACCGCUCUGUGACAAUAUAUCGAAGAAAAAAAUGCGGUGUAAUGUCGCCAAGGCCGAAAUGACAGUUUCGCGCGGAAAAGGAAAAGGAGCGGUGAGCGGUGAAGGGUGAAGAUGAUGAAGUGUUUUUCCCAAAAGGCCAGCUCGUCACGGACCUGGUGUUGGUGGUUGCGAAAGAUUAAAACAGUUGGCAAGGUUGGUGGUGCGUUGUCCAAUGUGUUGUUGGUACGACUUGCGACUAGUCCGUGCCUCCAGGAUGGCAAGUGGGUAGAUCAGCAUCAGACAUGAUCCCGAGUGUCAUAGCAUCCCAGGCUGCCAUGUUCGUUCUGGAAAAU